CACUGCACCUAAGACUUAAAAGAACCGAGUAUUGUCACAUAAAUAUUUGAUCGAAAUAGUGUUUACGUAUGUCGUUAAUCGAUGCCUAUAUCCAAACGCAACAGCAUUGUGAUCGACAGAGCCGAUAAAAUAUCCAAUUUCCUCACGAACUUAAUUGUUUACCCACACUCAUCAUUUAAACAAAACUUUAUGUUAUCUUAGAUCGAUCGAAUAUAGAAAUGAAGAUAUGUUUGAUUUUUCCAACAAUAGUGAGGUUUUUUGGAGGUGAUAAAAUUCUUACUGUUCCUUCUGGUUAAUUGGCAAAUUUGACAGUGAUUGACAGGCAGCCAUGGCAACCAGAUACCGAAUCUGCCAAAUCCAAUAGAAAAUCAGAUGUUGGCUGAAUCUUUUCCCCCUUUUUAACAGCAUCUCAUUAUCGAAACCGCAAAGGAUCUAACCCUAGCACUUGGAGCAUCAAUUUCAUCCUUGGCGUUUGUAAACCUGACUAGAACGCACCGUCUGCAGUGCUUUGCUCGUUGGAGUUCGUUCCGUUGUCUUGGUUUUGCGUUGAUCCAGUUUUGUCUUUUUAAAAAAAGAGAGAAUCAAUGUUCCAGCUUCCAAUUCUGAAUUUCAGCCCUCAGCAGGUGGCGGGGGUAUGUGAGACGUUGGAGGAGAGCGGAGACAUUGAGCGGCUUGGUCGCUUCCUCUGGUCACUGCCAGUGGCCCCAGCAGCAUGUGAGGCACUCAACAAAAACGAGUCCGUCCUCAGAGCUAGGGCUAUCGUGGCAUUCCACACGGGCAACUUCCGAGAGCUGUAUCAUAUCUUGGAGAAUCACAAGUUCACCAAGGAGUCACACGGCAAGUUGCAAGCCCUUUGGCUAGAAGCACACUAUCAGGAAGCAGAGAAGCUAAGAGGUCGACCGUUGGGUCCAGUGGACAAGUACAGAGUUCGAAAGAAGUUUCCCCUGCCCAGGACCAUCUGGGACGGAGAACAAAAGACUCAUUGCUUCAAGGAGAGAACGAGGCAUUUAUUGAGGGAGUGGUAUCUGCAGGACCCCUAUCCAAAUCCCAGCAAAAAACGAGAGUUAGCCCAAGCCACUGGACUUACACCAACACAAGUAGGUAACUGGUUUAAGAACCGGAGGCAAAGGGACAGAGCAGCGGCAGCUAAAAACAGGCUGCAGCAGCAGAUUCUGUCACAGGCGUCCGUGCGUUCGUUGAGUGAGGAAGACGCUGCUGUGGAACCACUGGUUGGCGCUUCAAGCCCCGCCGCCAGCUUGUGCAGCGUCUCGGAAAGGAGCAAAGCGGCCACUUCGGCUAUCUCCAUCACAUCGAGCGACAGUGACUGCGACAUCUGAGAAGAGAACCCGGAGCUUGAGGGUACUUCAGAUUUCAGCACAAUGAGUCCAGUGAACCCAAGCGGAGGACCCCAGUUGCCAGGUCCUUGCAUCAUCCAUUUAGGAAUGGUUUAUUCUGCAUUCACAGCGGAAGGCUUAGCGACCAAUGGUCUUUAAGAUAAAAUAAAACUUGUGAUUACCUUUAUUUGAAGGAUACGUAUAGAAAAUAAAUUACCGAAGUGAUGCCUCGACUACCAUUUCUGCCAAGCUGCAACAUUUUGAGCACCUACCCUGUAACUUCGUGGGUAUUUCAUGUUGAAAGAAGGUGUUAUAUUUUUACUUUACUUUAAAGUUUAUAUAUACAUAUAUGUUUGUUUAUCUAUUUAAAAGAAUUGUUUUGUUAGCUUUUUGCAUUCUUUGUAAGAUCAUUUGUGCACAGACUAUUUGUAGAGUAUUGU